AUGAGACAAGUUCGAUUUACAAACUACAUGGAGAAUACUCUCAGACCUUUUACCUGCAUCACCCACCCAGACUGUGGCAGUAAUUUGAUUUGUUCUUUAUCGAAGUGCGUAGGUGAGUUGGUAACGGUUCGCCACCAGGUAAACUCUUGAUGCAAAAUUAUAAAUGGGCAGUACGGUGCACAGUGUGCUUAGCUGGACAAUUUCUUGCGCGCUGAUCAGUCGAGGUUUCUCUUGUUGAAGAGCGUAGAUAGUUCGAUCGGUGACGGGUAACGCCCAGCCGGUUAGAAGAAACGUCUUGACCACUAAGGGCCCGGCUUUUAUAAGAGGUAAACCAGCCCGGUUAGCGGGAAUGGCUCGCCUAACAGUGCUGGAUCGGCUAAUACCUUGUUUCCUUUUAAAAACGGUCGUCUUGUUUAUAUAUGAAAAGGCGGGCCGGCCUGCUCGCCUAAUUCUCGGCUCGUCGCCUCUGAUCGACAAGCCAGGCCAGCUCGGCUCACUCAUAUAAACACAACGACAAUUUUAAAAGGAACCAAAGCAUAAGCCAAGUCAACCUGGCUGACCAGGCUGGCUAACCUCAUACAAACAGGCCCUAUAGAGUCUUAUGGUACUAAGUGUACAUUGUGCACACGAUGUAAAAUUUCCUUCAUUAAUAAGUUACAUACGACAAAACUAUAGCACGUAAAAAAGAGGAGAGACAGUAGGUCACCGCACUUCUUCAUUCACCUUCAUUUUACAUCUUUGAUACAUUGGCCACUGGACCCGGGCUGUGCAUGGUUAAGUUUGCAUUUAUCUUCCAGAUUCAAUCUAGUCGUAUUAAAUAUAGGUAACCGAACCUUCAUACAUCGAAUAGAAUCGAUCGAGAGCUGUACACUCGUUGGUUUUAUUACGGAUCAAACGUGUUGAUUGUGCGUUGUCCAACAAAUUGUUAGUUGGUGUUGAAUCCAUACAACGGGACCAAAUAAGUUUCAACUCUUUUAUUUUACUAAUUAGAAAAAGAUCCAGCAUCAUCCACCAAGAUUAAGUCAACGCCCAAAAAGGUGCUUAUGUGGAUCCAGCAAUGACAAUGUAAUGGCCGAGAUCUGAACGCAUAUCGAGUUCAGUUUAAGUUACAUGUAGCCAUAACUUGAUGUAAAAUAAUAAGGUUUUUAUUUUACUAAUCGAAAUUUCGGAUUUUAUUUACAGAAUGCAGUAUUUAUGCACUUGGAAUGGAAAACAAUCUCUUGCCGAAUUCUGCCAUCACCGCCUCCUCGGUAUGGCCGCACGCCACUGGACACGAAUCUUGGAGAGCCCGUCUCAAUAAUAAUGGGCACGCGGGCUGCUGGGUAGCGGGAAAAAAAUAA